AUGACUUGUACACUGGGAUUCACGAUCGCGUCCACUGUUGAAGCGUACACCCUUCCCGGAUCACCUCGUGCGCAGCUUUGCUCUAAUCACUAUCGUCUCAACACACUAGAAUUCACCUCAGUCUCGACGACUUCAGGCACCGCAGCGUGGACGGACUCACUUAUUGACGUCUUGGUGAUAUAUGCGGUCAAUACGGGAGUGCUUACAUGCAUAUUGGGCUUGUUGGGCUUCAUUUUCGCCGUCGUAACGCCUGACAACUUCAUCUACAUCGGCUUAAGCAUUGUCGGGGUCAAAAUGUACGCCAACUCCGUACUCGCCGUCCUCAACUGUCGUCGGUCUCUCUCGGAUUGCUUGCACGCCGGCUUCGAGAUGGGGUCCUUCGAGCCGAACUUCGCCCUAUCCGGGAAUAGAAUCGACGCACGGAAAUUGCAGCAGCCGACGCCUGUCUCCUUAACGGUCAGCACGGAAAUGGUUUUUGCGCCAGGGGCAGUGCAUACACAAGACGGAAGCACAGGUUCAGAAACGACCGCCGCAAGCCAGGCGGAGCACGACAAACUGCGCGCGUCGACUCGGAGUCUCGUAUGA